AUGAAACUUGCACUCUUUUCCGUGGUGGUGUUCUUGGCAGCAGCUGCGAGGGUGGAAGGCCAGGCUCUGGACGUGGAUCGGCGAAUCGUGGCGGCCGAGCUGGACUCUCCUCGCAAGGUGGAGUAUUACGCGUCGUGCGCCUCCGGCCAGGGAAGCUGCGAUACAAGAGGCCUUCAGCUGCGCACAUACAUUCCCAUUGUCGCAAGAGGCCAAAGGUGCUUCAGGUGUUCGCCACGAGAGAACAGGAACCUUCGCCUGAUGGUCUCCACUCUGCAACGUCGCUAUCCUCGCUGUUGGCAGAUCCUUGUGCUGGCGGCGCAGGACCUGCCCACUCCUUCGGCUCGCGGAUGCGCUAGCUAA